UCCUUCCUUGUUCCUUGCCUUUAACCGUAGAUCAGGCUGGUGUUCCGCUCGUCUCGUCGCUGACCGCCAUUCGUUCGUGAUCUGAUCUGAUAACGGACGUUCAUCAGAACCGGACUGAUCCGACCUGAUGUGGUUCGGUCUCGUCUAACGCUCUAGCGUGGCGUUUAGACCGGCGUGAUGACGGAAGAGCGAUGUCCUCAGCUGGUGGAUUAUUUCGUGGUGGCGGGUCUGACGGGCGACUCGUCUCCGCUGGACGAGGAGGGUCAGCAGAGGGGCGUUCGAGCCGUGCAGCCCGUCACCGAUCUGGCCGUGAUCGCCCGCGGCCUCGGGGAGGACGUCCCGGAGGGAUUCACCUGCAUCGAGAAAACGCAAGGAGGCCAUCCGGCGGAGCUGAGCGCCGGCCUGCUGAACAACCCGCACAUGUUCCUGUGCUACCGGAGAGGACACGACAAACCGCCCAUCGAGGAGCUCGGUGUUCUGUAUGAGGGCAAGGAUCCGGUCAGGCCAGGGUGGCAGGUGAUCGAGACGACCCCGUACAGCCGUUCGGCCAGUCUGAGCUCCGGCGGCCCCGCGACCCACCGCACCUUCCUGAUGUUCCGCAGAGCGCCGGACUCGCAGGCGCUGAACACGCUGGGCGUCACCGAGAUCUCGCUGCUGAUGCCCAGCAAGGGCGAGACGGCGCCGCACACCUACUGCAGAGUGGACAAGAACCUCAACACUGGAAUGUGGGGUCCAGCGCUGUACCUCUGCUACAAGCGUUCAGUGGCAAAAGCAAAUGCUCUGGUGUAUGAGGCAGGUCUGAUCAGUCGGUAUCCUGAGGAGGAUCUGGAGUCGUUUCCACUGCCGGACUCUGUUCCGGUGUUCUGUCUGCCGAUGGGUGUGGCGGUGGAGAGUUGGCCGCUCAACACCAAAUACCAGCUGCCCAUCUUCUCCACAUUUGUCCUGACCAGCGCCUCUGGAGACAAGGUGUACGGCGCCGCUAUCCAGUUCUACGAGGCGUACCCGCGCGAGUCUCUGUCCGAGCGUCAGUGUGUGCGUCUGGGUCUGCUGAGCGUCGUGGACCGGCGGCCCAUCACCAACCGCAGCGUCCAGGUCAAGAAGAGCAUCUGCGUCCUCUCGCACUGGCCCUUCUUCAGCGUCUUCCAGAAGUUCCUCACCUUCAUCUACAGAUACUCCAUCUCUGGACCGCAUGUGCUGGCGCUGGAGAAGCACAUCUCGAGCUUCAUGCACAACGUCCCGUUCCCGUCUGCUCAGCGUCCCCGUAUCCUGGUUCAGCUGUCUCCGUAUGAUAACCUGCUGCUGUGUCAGCCCGUGUCGUCUCCGCUGCCGCUCAGUGGUGCGAGUUUCGUGAAGCUGCUGCAGAAUCUGGGUCCGGAGAACGCGUGUUCGCUGCUGCUGGCCGUCCUGACCGAACACAAGCUGCUGCUGCACUCGCUGCGGCCCGACGUGCUGACGUCCGUCAGUGAAGCGCUCGUCUCCAUGGCGUUUCCUCUGCGCUGGCCCUGCCCGUAUAUCCCGCUGUGUCCGCUGCGGAUGGCAGACGUGCUGUGCGCGCCCAUGCCCUUCAUCGUGGGCGUCCACUCCAGCUACUUCGACCUGUACGACCCGCCGUCUGACGUGGUGUGUGUGGAUCUGGACACCAACACCAUUUUCCAGUCUGAAGAUAAGAAGCCUCUGUCCUGGAGGUCUUUGCCGAGAAAACAUGGGAAGAUCCUGCUGAACUCCCUGACCAACCUGCACAAAACUCUGGAGAAGAUCUAUACGCCGGGUCAGGAGGAGGCCACGCUGGAGUUCCUGCUGACGGACUACGAUCUGAUCUACGGCCGUCAGAAGCUGCUGGAGCUGGAGAUCCAGGAGGCGUUCCUGCGCUUCAUGAGCUGUUUGCUGAGAGGAUACAGAUCCUUCCUGCUGCCCAUCACACAGGCGCCGUCCGACAGAACCACAGACUGCAGCUCGCUCUUCAACCUGCAGGGCUUCCUGAAGUCACGCGAUCGAGCGCAGCAGAAGUUUUACACUCAGCUCACGAAGACGCAGAUGUUCACGCAGUUCAUCGAGGAGUGUUCGUUCGUCAGCGACCGGCACGGCUGCCUCGAGUUCUUCGACGAGUGCGUGCAGAAGGUGGACGUGGAGAAGCCGGAGGACGUGCGUCUGAUCGAUCGGGACGAGUGUCACAGCGGUGAGCACACGGUGUUCAUAAUGCCUCCGGAGGAGCCGCAGGAGGCCGACGGAUCCGAGUGUCCCGCGCACUACAGCUACGACACGUUCCCGAUCCUCCAAUCGGAUCUGUUCGAUCGGCCGCAGGAUCAGCUGCGGACUCCGGCUAAAGGAAGUGCCCCCAGUAGCCCCGCCCCCCGGCGCACCAAACAGGAGAUAAAGCUGGCGCAGAAGAAGGCGCAGAAGUACUCGACGGUGCCGGACAUGUGGUCCAAAUGCCUGCUGGGUCACUGCUACGGCCUCUGGUUCAUCUACUUACCCACGUUUGUCAAAGCAGAGAGCACUAAAGUGCGGACGCUGCACGCCGCAUACGAGGUGCUCAAACACAUGGAGACGCGCAAAGUGGUGCUGCCGGACGAGGUGUGUUACCGUAUCCUCAUGCAGCUGUGCGGUCAGUACGGUCAGCCGGUUCUCGCGGUCAGAGUUCUGCUGGAGAUGAAGCGGGCGGGAAUUACACCCAACACCAUCACAUACGGAUACUACAAUAAAGCGGUGCUAGAGAGCAAAUGGCCAUCCACCAAUCAGGGAGGGCGUCUUCGCUGGGCGAAGCUGCGUAACGUGGUAUUGGCCGUGGCUCAGUUCAGGCAGCCAAUCAAACAGCAGCAGAGGAGCGCGUCGUUCAGCACCCGCGCAGGUCAGAGAGACGCCCCGCCUCCGGCACGUGAUCGACAGCCGUCGGCAUCGUCACAUUCUCACAUUCUGCUCCUGUUUACAGAAGACGUGCUGUCCAAGCCCCGCCCCCACUCGGCUCUGAUUCGUCAGUCCAGCUGGAGCGGGUUGAGCGAAAGCUCGAGCCACGAAUCGCUGACGAGUCUGGCCAAGAGCAACAGUCUGAGCAGCGUUCAGGCGUCAGGAAGCAAGGUGAAGCUGUCAAAGAAAGCAGCGGCGCAGACGGCCGCAGCCAACGCGGCCGCAGCCUCACGCAAACCUCCCGCCGGCCGCCGCGACACGCUGAGUCCUCCUGCGCCCGUCCUGGUGCGCCGCAGCGACAUCUGCCUGUCCACCUUCUACAGAGACUGCGCAGAGACCGCAGACGCAGACUGCAGAUGUCAGCCGGAGAGGGACAGCAGGUCGGUGGAGGUGAGGGAGACUCUGAACAGGAAGUCGGUGGAUGAGAACUACAACAACGUUUCGUCCCCGAGCCGCGGUCUGGCCGGGAAACUGCAGCAGCUGCUGACGCCCACGAGGAACCGCACGUCCGUGCGACGGGCCGCUAGCGUGGACGACCGGCGGGUGGGAGCGAACGGACACUCGCGCCGAACCUCAGAGCAGAAACUCUCACGCAAGAACCAGAUGGCCGAGAGUCUGCUGAAGGCCAAGGAGCGGCUGUACAACGCCACGUCUGAGAGUUCUCUGUCUGUAGGGAGUGACAUUGACAUGACUGACAUCCAGACGCUUGCGGUUCCUCUCAGGAAGUCAUGGGAUUCUUCACAGGAAGGGGCGGGCAUUGAGGUGCUGAUGUCGAGCUGCUCGCUGUGCCGCAGCUGUAAUUCUCUGGUGUACGACGAGGAGAUCAUGGCGGGCUGGUCGUCUGAUGACUCCAAUCUCAACACCACCUGUCCGUUCUGCUCCGCGCCGUUCGUCCCGCUGCUGAACGCAGAGAUCUGUGACCUGGGCCCCGUCUGCAGCGUGGAGCGCAAUAAUCUGAGCGCGGAGGAUGAGCUGGAGAACGCCAUGCGACCUCCCGCAGGUCCGGACGACGCACUGCAGCACCUGUGCAACGGCGUCAGGGAGACGGACUCCAGCUCCGAGACCAGCAGCCAAUCGGAGAGCAGCGUGCCGUCGGUGGGCGGAGCCCCGCAGGUGACGGUGGCGUACCUGAGCCCGCUGGUGCUGCGGAAGGAGAUGGAGAGUCUGCUGGAGAACGAGGGCGAGGCCGUUCUCUCGCAGGUCCAGCUGCUGGACAGUCACUCCAUCCUCUUCUGGAAUCUGGUGUGGUACUUCACUCGCCUCGGUCUGCCCAGUAACCUGCUGCAGCUGCUGCGGACGUCACCGCUGACCGCACGCCUCGCGCAGGGGUCAGAGGGCGCGGGGGUGCGCGUGAAGCUGCUGUGGGACACGCUGACCCCGGAUACGGAGCAGUGGCCGCCGCUCUACAUGCUCUGGAGGAUUCACAGUGGCGUCCCCAUGCGCAGCCACAACUGGCGGCAUCACAACCAUCCCUUCAGCCUCGGCUUCCUGGAGGAAGUGCUGCGCUGGGUCGGCAUGAACGAGGUACACAAGGCCAUCACGCUCUUCCUGGAUGCGGUCGCUAAGCAGCCCGGCACUCCGCGGAUACAGAGGAGUCUGUACAGAGAGAUGCUCUUCCUCACGCUGGCUGCUAUGGGAAAAGAUCAUGUCGCUUCGUUUGAUAAGCGUUAUAAGGCGGCGUACGUGCGCUUGAGCGGUUCUCUGGGUCGAGAGGAGCUGAGGAGGAAGAGAGUCCAGCCGCCCAGUCCUAAAGCCGUCGACUGCAGACGCUGCUUCCUGCUGCCGCUGGAGUGCUGAACACACACACACACACACAAAUACACACACACAUUCACACUCCGCUUGUCUCGUCCCGUCUUGCUGUCGUCUUCACGCUGCUUGAGGAGGAAUCGCGACACACAGGCCGAGCGCUUCUGCUGGUACGGUCACUGCAGACGCCGCCGUGCAUUAUGGGAACGCGUGAGCCUUUCACCUAAAACUGCUUCUGUAUCCCACGAUGCCGAGCAAACUGACACCCGCCGCCCAUCGGACAUUUUCAUAGGAUGUAACGUGGCGUCUGGAUUUACCUCGUUUAUUUCUGUUUGAUUUCAUGGAGCUCAAAGAUGAAGAUCCAGUUGUAAACGCCAGAAGGCAUCAUGGGAGUUUGUUGCACUGGAGUGACGCUCUGAGCUCUUUCAUGUUUGUGUGAGAUGUUUCUCGACCAGCAGAUUCAUCGUCUCUGUUCUGGACUGGAGUUAAACUAGUCUGGUCAGGACUACAGUAGUUAGUUCCUCUGAACCGUGUUUGUGUGUGUGAGAGAGAAAGCAGCGCUUUAUUAUUAUAAGAGUGUCAUGUGACUGUAGGAUGAUCCUGGAGAAUCAUGACUUCCUGUGACGCUCUGAUUGGCUGACGCCCGUGUGCUCGUUCAGCUCGUUCAUCCACAAACCAGCUGGUUUUAUCAUCGAGCCGUUAUUCACACGACCAUCAAACACAUUCACCUCCCAAACUCUCAUCGUUCUGUCAUCAUUUCCUCUCAUUCACACCUGUGUCCGUCUGCAGUCAAACACAAGACGACAUUCUCAGAAAUGAACCAGUGUUUUAUUUUCAUACAAUGAAAGUCAGUGGGGUCCAAUGUUCUUUGGCUCCCAACAUCAUUAAAAAUACAUAUACAAUUAUUAAUUUAUCAGAUGAUCAAUUUGAAGGAGAGUGAAUGAUGACAGAAUGAUGAUUUUUGUCUGAACUGACUCAUUAAAUGCACAUAUCAGGGUUGAAUUUGUACAUUUUAUUUUGCUGUUUCCAGUCCUGUCUGAUCAUCUUUUUUUUCUAUAUCCAGUAUGAGCCCAGGAUAUAAUCCAAAAAUGAUGAAGGAACUAGAUACAUUCAGUCCAGCUGACUUCCUGUACAUUUCAAAAGAUACUUUUAAUACAGAACUAAAACAAAGUUACAGUUAGUGUUUAAUUUACAACAAUAAUUUGCAAUGACACCAAUCAUCAUUUUCCUUUCUUUUUUCAAAAUUACUUUUUUUAAAUUAUGAAAAAUGUAGAAACACUUCACAGUAAGGUUUCAUUUGUUCAUGCAUUAGCCAAAAUUAACUAUUAAUUAGCAAUAUAUAGUUUUACAGCAUUUAUUCAUCUUUAUUAAUGUUGGUAAAUACAUUUUAAUGCAAUUUUUAAAAUGCAUUGUUUGUUCAUGUUAGCAGUGCGUUAACUAAUGUUGACAGAUAUGACUUUUAAUUUUAAUAAGUAUUAUUAAAUGUUUAAAUUUCCAUUAUAUAAGAUAAAUAAAUGCUGUAAGUGUUUUUCAUUGUUCAUUGAUGUUCACUGAUGUAGUG